GCAUGCGCAGUUUGGGGUGUCUAGUAGUGCUGGCCUAGUCCGGUGGCAGGAAGGUGUUACACGUUGAGUUCUCUGUACGGAGCUCGCUGGCGAUGUGACAGUCUCCGGUGACACUGGGACAGACCUUAGAGGGUGAAGAUGUCGGUCCCGGUGGCGGGGCUGCCUCCGCGGCUGGCGCUCUCAGCCUUGGCCGGCGCUGGUCGCUUUUGCGUGUUGGGGUCGGGAGCGGUGAGGUGGAGGGGCGUCCGCGCGGCACACCGCCGGUUCUUGUCUGACCUCCAGCCGCAGCUGAUGCCCUGUCAGGGCUUCCGAGACUCGCCCUCGUGGUCGCCCAAGUACCGCUCAGAGUCCAAGAGUUACAUAACCAGUCCGAAACUGGCCACGACCUUGGUGCGGAUCCUGAAGGAAGAAAACGCUGACCGGCUCAUCCUGGAGUGCAAUCCAGGUCCUGGAAUCCUGACUCAAGCGUUACUUGAAAGCAAGGCCAAAGUGAUUGCCCUUGAAAGUAACAGAACUUUUCUUCCACAUCUGGAGUCCCUGCGAGAAAAGGUGAAUGGAAAACUAGAAGUGGUCUACUGUGACUUCUUUAAAAUGGAUCCUAGAAAUUCUGGAAUAGCAAAACCUCCCAUUAUGAUUUCAGAAACGCUUUUUCAUCAUUUUGGAAUAAAAGCAGUUCCUUGGUCAGAAGAUACCCCUUUAAGAGUAAUUGGAAUCUUCCCAGCAAAAAAUGAAAAAAAGAUACUUUGGAAACUUUUAUAUGACAUCUAUUCUUCUACUUCUGUGUACAGUUAUGGACGAGUAGAACUGAAUAUGUUUGUUACUGAAAGGGAAUAUGAGAAACUGGUGGCAAGUCCCCAAAAUCCGCACUUGUAUCAAGCAUUAAGUGUGCUCUGGCAAGUAGCUUGUAAGAUUAAGCUUCUGCAUGUGGAGCCUUGGUCCUCAUUUGGUGUAUACAGCCAAAGUGGGCAACAGAAAAAGCAGAAGAAUAAGAAACCACUAGAACCAAAAAAUAAACAAGUAGGACAAAACAUGUGUUUAAUUCAACUGACUCCUCUUCGGAAUUUAUUUACAGAAAAUUUAACAUCUGUUAACUAUGAUGUAUUUUUUCACAUGUUAAAGCAGUGUUUUAUGAAGCGCAAUUUCAAGCUAAUGGACCAUUUACAGUUAUUGAGUCCAGUUAACGCAACGGCUAUAUUGAAGCAAAUAGGGAAACAUGGAGACAUGAAAAUAACAGAGCUGUACCCUCAAGACUUUAAACUGCUUUUUGAAACUAUAGAGUGUUCCAAAGAAUCUUGUAGGUGGCUAUUUGACGAUUGCAUUGAAGAGAUGAUCAUGUAGGGAACUUGACUGCCCACACGUGAGCUGGAGCCUUGACUUAUUUGGAAAUUAUGGCACAAACAGAAGAGAACUAAGUUUGAAAAGCUUCCAGGCUUUCAACAGAAAAGAACUGUUCUUGUUUUGCAGCUUGGGCAGGUAAUUUCUUCUGAAGGUGAUACCUUUAGUAAAUUGGAUAAAACCAUGGCUGCUAUUUUAUUCACAAAAAAUAAAAUGAAAACUUCUGUUAAUUGUGGAUUUGA